CCGUGCUUGAAUAGUGAACGGGUACGGGUCGAGGUUCCAUCCAGCACGUAGUCCGAAAUCUGUUGGCAAUGCAAAUAAAAGGAAUCAUCUGAAUGAAGAAACUGGUUUUAGACGCCAAUUAUGGACAUUUAAAAAGAAAAAUAGCCCCAAGUGUUUUACCGGCGAGUGUGAUGCAAGUGAUCACUACAUGUAUUUUCAAAACAAAUUGAAGGCGUUAUCCACUUAUCCACUCGUUUGCAAAGGGGUUUUAGGCGGAGCACCUGUGUCUCUAGAUGCCUAGCACAAAACAAAUGAACUGAAGGAUCUCUCAUUUUUAGGAGUGCUUCAAAAAUUACAAAAGUUCUUUGGAAAUUCUUAAUUAAAAAGGAACUGUUUGCUAUUGCCCUUAUACCAGCCGGCCCAGUUCAUUACAGUCCACGUGAUCAACACCGUUGUGUCAAGGCUGGGCCGGCUGCUCAAUUCCCAAGCUUCCGUUGGCAAGUAAACCAGACUACUACUAUAAGGAAUGAUGUCUUACUAAUGCAAUAGAUGCUCCGGCAACUGCGCUCUCUUCGGCGGCCAGAAGUACUACUGUAAAGUCGAAUUGAUAUUCCAAUUAAUCUGGGAGCACGGUGGCUACUGUGACGUUGAAGAAAAGCUUGGCUAGUGAUAAUGAAACAUGAGGAAAAAGCAGAGGAGACUGUCUAGAUGUCCACGUGCCUAGUUCACUACUACUGUUUUCUGAUGCUGUUUUUUUUUAUAUCAAGAACAUGUGUUUAAUAUACCGAAGUAUAGCAAGGACUUCCAGUAGAUUAAAUCACUGGCUGUUCAUUAAAAUCGAAAUUUGUCAUGCUGCUUUUUCGACUGAAUUUCAAAUUCAUUACCACAAGACGUAAGAGAAAAACAAACUGGACGUUGGUACCGGAAAUGUUUCCAAAGAGUAUCUACGCCGCCAACAAAUUUCUCACCUGUGCGAGGAAUGGGACACGGAAGUGCGGCUGGAAUCGGAACAGACUGAUAGCACCUCUUCCGAUGUCGUUCUCGACGCCAUGCGGAACAACGGGCUGCAAAAUGCGAUACGUGAAUAUUAGUGAAUGGAAAUCGCCCGCAUCCGACGCGGCUUUGCGGCGGAGCGUUUUUGCCGCGCCGCUGCCUCCGCGCGCCCCCGCGCGGCGGAUCUCCGCCACCUCUCCCCAUUAGACGGCGCUUAGCCUCUGCCGCCUCCCUGAGAGGGUUGCGCGGCGCCACGCCACGCACAGUUCACUUCCGUUUGCUCGAAAUGUGUCUGCGACGCGGAAUCCCUGGAAAACAAGAUCAAACCUGAACUCGUUAUUUCAUGACUAAGCGCUGCGGUAGGCAUGGAACUGUUUCAAGCCGACGCAAUGCUCGCAGAAGGCGUGCCUGGGCAGCGUGAUGUCGCUGCCGGGCCGCAGCUCGGGCCAGCCGCGCUCUCGCGACGAGGUGCUGCGCCACGCGCGCGACUUCCUCGACCAGUACUACAGCUCCAUCCGCAGGCUGAACAGCCCGGCGCACGCGGCGCGCUGGGACCAGGUGCAGAAGGAGGUGGAGGCGCUGGGCACGUACCAGCUGACGGAGACGGAGCUCGUGUACGGCGCCAAGCUGGCUUGGCGCAACUCCGUGCGCUGCAUCGGACGCAUCCAGUGGUCCAAGCUGCAGGUGUUCGACUGCCGCUACGUGACCACAACCAGUGGCAUGUUUGAAGCUCUGUGCAAUCACAUAAAGUACAGCACCAACAAAGGAAACAUUCGGUCAGCCAUCACGGUGUUUCCGCAGCGCACGGACGGGAAGCACGACUUUCGCGUGUGGAAUAACCAGCUCAUCUCGUUCGCCGGCUACCGGAACCCCGACGGCAGCGUGACCGGCGACCCGGGCAACGUGGAGUUCACCGAGGUGUGCCUGAAGCUGGGCUGGAAGAGCCAGCGCACCCGCUGGGACGUGCUGCCGCUCGUGCUGUCGGCGAACGGCCACGACCCGGACUACUUCGACAUCCCGCCGGAGCUGAUUCUGCGCAUCCCGCUCACCCACCCCACUUACGAGUGGUUCGAGAAACUGGGCUUGCAGUGGUACGCGCUGCCCGCCGUGUCCAAUAUGCUCUUUGACUGCGGAGGUCUGGAAUUCACAGCAGCGCCCUUCAAUGGCUGGUACAUGAGCACCGAGAUAGGCUGCCGCAACCUUUGCGACACACACCGCCUCAACAUGUUGGAGACGAUCGCAGUGCGCAUGGGGCUGGACACGCGCACCCCCGUGUCGCUUUGGAAGGACAAGGCGAUGGUGGAGGCGAACGUCGCAGUGCUGCACAGCUUCCAGAUGCGGGGCGUGACCAUCGUGGAUCACCACACGGCGUCCGAGUCGUUCAUGAAGCACUACGAGAACGAGCUGCGGCUGCGCAACGGCUGCCCGGCCGACUGGGUGUGGAUCGUCCCGCCGCUCUCGGGCUCCGCCUGCCCCGUCUUCCACCAGGAGAUGGCGCUCUACCUGCUGAAGCCCUCCUACGAGUACCAGGACCCGGCCUGGAAGACGCACGUGUGGAAGAAGGGCCGCGACUCCGGCAAGAGCAAGAAGCCGCGCCGCAAGUUCCACUUCAAGCAGAUUGCCAGAGCUGUCAAGUUCACGUCGAAGUUAUUCGGGCGCGCGCUGUCUCGUCGUAUCAAGGCCACGGUGCUCUACGCCACGGAGACCGGCAAGUCGGAGAUGUUCGCCAAGAAGCUGGGUGAGAUCUUCGGCCACGCCUUCAACUCCCAGGUGUAUUGCAUGUCGGAUUAUGACAUCAGCAGCAUUGAACAUGAAGCGCUGUUAUUGGUGGUUACAUCAACUUUCGGCAACGGAGAUCCUCCUGAGAAUGGCGAGAUGUUUGCGCAAAAUUUGUACGCAAUGAAAAUGAACCACGACAAUGUCACAGAAGGAGAUGAGAGAAUAAGCAUGGCCAGCUCCAAGUCCUUCAUCAAGGCCAACAGUCAAACGGAGCUGGCAGGGCUGCAGGCUGAGCGGCGCCUGGAUCGCUUGGACUCUCUCAAAGGCUCCGUCAGCGACAUCAUGUCAGAAGAUACCUUUGGCCCUCUCAGCAACGUCAGAUUUGCAGUAUUUGCGUUAGGCUCAAGUGCCUAUCCAAACUUCUGUGCCUUUGGCAAAUAUGUUGACAACUUACUUGGAGAACUUGGAGGAGAAAGACUCCUGAAACUAUGUCAAGGUGAUGAAAUGUGUGGUCAGGAACAGGCUUUUAGGAAGUGGGCACCUGAUUUGGCAUGUGAGACAUUCUGUUUGGAUGAUGAUGAAACGUUCCUUGAAGCAACAUUGGCCUUAAGGGCUCCUGCCUUGUCUGCAACUACAGUUCGAUUUGUUGAAGCUCAAGAAGAAAAUCUUUCAAAAGGUCUCUCUAAGUGUCAUAAUAAGAAAGUGUCAGACUGUAGGGUUAACAGGAAAGUAAAUCUCCAUGGCGAUGAUGCCAGUCGAGCAACAAUGUUACUUGAACUUAAUUGUGAGCUCGCGUAUCAUCCAGGAGACCAUGUGGGAGUAUUUCCAUGCAACCGAAAAGAAAUUGUAGAUGGCAUUUUGGAAAGACUACAAGGUUCCGAAGAUCCAGAUCAACCAGUAGAGUUACAAGUGUUGAAGGAAAAUCACACAUCAAAUGGAGUUGUUAAGACUUGGGAAACACAUGAACGGUUGCAGCCCUGCUCUUUACGAACACUUUUAACAAGAUUCUUGGAUAUUACAACACCACCUACACCUGAUCUUUUGCAACAUUUUUCAUCGAUAGCUACUGAUCCUGAAGAGCAGGAGAAGCUGCAUCACCUUGCCACAGAUCCAGCUGCUUACGAGGAUUGGCGUCACUGGCGAUAUCCCCACUUGUUGGAGGUGCUAAUGGAGUUCCCAUCUGUUCGACCUUCUGCUCCUCUACUUGUUGCACAACUGACUCCACUUCAACCACGAUUUUAUAGUAUUUCUUCUUCUCCUUAUGUCCAUCAGAAACAAAUUCAUAUUACAGUUGCAGUUGUAGUGUACAGAACAGAGGAUGGUGAAGGUCCUGUACAUUACGGAGUCUGUUCCAAUUAUCUGAGGGAUGUUAAUGUUGACGAACACAUUUAUCUGUUUGUACGAAGUGCACCAAACUUCUACCUUCCAUCUGAUGUCAGUCGCCCUGUGAUAAUGAUUGGUCCAGGGACUGGCAUAGCUCCAUUCAGGGGAUUUUGGCAGCAUCGUAAAGCUCAGCUGCAAGCUGCCCAGCCAGAAAUACUGUUUUGUCACCAGACAUAUGUGCAAGACCUCAUUCGCAAAGAAGCAGCCACUGUUUACAGAAAGUUGGUAGAUGAAGGAGGACAUUUCUACGUUUGUGGAGAUUGUACAAUGGCUGAACAUGUGUAUCAGACACUAAAACAUAUUAUUCAAGAACAUGGACAACUUUCUGAAUCUGAAGUGGAAAGUUUCAUGCUUAAAUUGAGGGACGAAAAUCGUUAUCAUGAAGAUAUUUUCGGAAUUACUCUUCGCACAGCUGAGGUUCACAAUAGAUCACGAGAGUCAGCAAGAAUUCGUAUGGCUUCUCAUUCUUAGGUAUCCAAUAAACAGUAUAUAUGAAGAUUCUUCCAUCAUCCAAAUUCUGGCAAUUUUAAAAUUCUCAAUGUGAUUUACUUGCUUUCCUCUGAAAACACUUGAACACAUCCUAUGAUUGUGCACAUUCUCUUUGAUCUAUUCUAGAUUUAUAACAACUGUUACGAUAUUAUUGAAGUACAUACUAGAUGUCAGUGUUGUUCACAUUAUAACUUUGACACUACUAACAACUUUGAAUGACUACUUUAUCCUUGAGAUAUUUUAAAAAUCUCACUUUUAUUCUAAAUUUCAAUUGACUUUUGUAUCUCAUUAAAUGACGAGUGUGUGAAUGACAUAAUUAGACAUUCUUGUUAAGUGCCUCCUUGCAUCACACAAAUUUUCUCCAUCAAGGUAAUUAAAGGGACCAUAAUCAGUCCUUGUAACAGCUUUUGUUGUCCAUUGACAGGUACCAAAUUUCAAAUUACCUUUCAGGAAACCUGGAGACUUUAACUAUGUUGUAUAAAUUAUAAAGUGGCACUUGCAAGUUCUCUGUGUCUUUGAAUUUAUAAUGCACAAAUCAGUACAAGCAUUUCCUUGAGAUAAUAUUUUUUUUAUAAUAUGCAGUAUUAUCAAAACCUGUAAUCAAUGUAAAUAUGAGGAUGGUUAACAUUACUUUAGUUUUAUUAUUGUUAUUAUUAGAAUUAUGAUAAUUAAGGUUAUUCCCAACCUAGCAAGAAAAUUGAAUUAGUAGUUAAUUUUAGUUGUAAAUACAGAUUCAAAUACAGAUUUUCCAGAAAAAAUCCUUCUGGACACAUAUUUGGUGUUAUCACCAUGAAGAUGUCUUGAAAAUUUUACGACUUUUGUACUUGAUCACCUUGAAAGUCAAUACUGUGAUAUUGCUGAUACUACACCUUCAAUAUUAGAAUAAGUGUUUACUCUUAUUCAUUCCCUGAUUUCAGGACUUCUAGAGCAAUGUCACACAAGAGCCAUUUUCUUUCCUAGUCACUCCAUGUGUUAAUUAAAUUGCUACAUUUUUAUUAUAAAUUUUUUAAAAAUGAAAAUCAUUUAUAAAUUUUGUUUUGUUAUUUCAUUUAAGUAAUAUCAAUAUAAGGUCAAUAUUAGAAAUGCUUGAUAACAUUCUGUAUGUAUGUGUGUAUGGUGUGAAUGUAUUAUUAGUAUAAAAUACAUCAUUGAGUACACCAACAUUCCUUGAAAUGCAAAAGGAAAUUUGUAUGUUCAAUGUUUGUGCAAGUUUUAGCAUAAAUGAGUGAUACUCAUCUAUUUUUAUGACUAAACAAUUAUAUAGAAGAAAAAAUAAAAUGCAUGGUCAACUGACAUAAGUUUUUCAACUCUGUAGAUUUCUUAGUACAUUAGACUGGUUAGGGGCUAUGAAUUAAAUUUCCAAUAUAACAGUCUUGGUCUUCAUGAACAUUUUCUGGGGGUAUUACAAACUCAUUCAUAUGUCUCUUUGAACCUAUUCAAGCACUCCACAAACAAUCAAAAAUGUUUGUUUUGAUUUUAAUCUUAAGAAAUGAAAACAACUGUCACUGAACUACAUGAUUUAUUUAAAAAAAAAAAAAAAAAGAAUUAUGAUAAUGGGAACUAGAAUUCAUAAAUAAGUCUCACUGCAAUUACAGCAGAGUGUGCAUGUAAUGUUUCAGUUGAAAUGAGAUUAAGGAAAAAUAUCAAUAAAAGGCAAAAUUCAAGAAAUAUUAACCCUACAUCCAGAUUCAUUCACAAUCAACAAUCAUUUUGUUCACAAUUUGUAAUUUACUGUUGUUCUUGGUAAUAUUGGAAUAAACAGGAAAUGGAUUACAUUAUACUUAUUAGUCACUGUAUGCUUCAAAAAUGCAGAGAACGUAGAAAAUAUUUUAGAAAUAUUUUAUUAAUUCCUGCUUUACAACCAGAGAUAAAUCACAUUUUAUUGACUUAUAAUUUUAAAUGCAAAAUAUUUUCAAAAUUAACAAGCAUUUUCCAAGUAAAAAGUUCUGGUGUUUGCUUUAAAUACUUGAAAGCAUUUUCAACCCCUACAAUUUUCAAUUUUUACGCUACAACUCAGUUCACAUUCUACAAUGUUUAUUUUUAAUUUAAGUGUAGUUUAUUUUAUACAAAAUAUUUACCAUUGAAGUUCCCCUUUUUUACCAUUUUCACUAACCUUUUAAAUAAUAAUACUACAAGUAA